UUGUAAGUGGGUUUAUAAAAUCAAAUAUCGAGCAGAUGGCACCAUAGAACGUUACAAAGCUCGUCUCGUUGCUAAAGGUUAUAAUCAAACAGAAGGCCUUGACUAUCACGAGACGUUUGCUCCAGUUGCAAAACUAGUUACUGUACGCUGUCUUCUUGCCAUUGCAUCAGCUCAUUCUUGGCCCCUACAUCAGCUCGAUGUGCAAAAUGCUUUUCUCCAUGGAGAUCUUGAAGAAGAAGUCUAUAUGUCCCUUCCUCAAGGUUUUCGACGACAGGGGGAGACAAAGGUAUGUUGUCUUCUUAAGUCCUUAUAUGGUCUUAAGCAGGCUUCACGCCAAUGGUUUGCUAAAUUCUCUACUGCUCUUAUAGACGAUGGGUUUAUCCAAUCCAAAACAGAUUAUUCUCUAUUCACUCGCUCUCGUGAUCAACAGUUCAUUAUUGUCCUUGUCUAGGUGGAUGACAUUAUUGUCACCGGAAAUAAUGAAACUGACAUUCGUCAUCUCAAGGAAUUUCUUCACCAGCGAUUUCAUCUUAAAGACCUUGGACUUCUCAAAUAUUUUCUUGGUCUUGAGGUUGCGCGAUCUGCAAGAGGUAUUUGCCUUUCGCAACGGAAAUAUGCUCUUGAAAUUAUUGAAGAAACUGGUUUACUAGGUGCUCAACCAGUUCAUAUUCCAAUGGAGCAAAACCAUAAAUUGAAUGCUUCUGAUGGUGCCUUGCUUACUGACCCUUCUUCCUAUAGAAGACUGGUAGGUCGCCUCAUUUAUCUCACCAUUACUCGGCCGGAUAUUGUGUAUCCUGUUCAUGUUCUAAGUCAGUACAUGAGCCAACCACACAAGCCGCAUCUUGAUGCUGCUCUUCGCGUAGUGCGCUACUUGAAACGAGCACCUGGUCAAGGAAUUCUUUUAUCUUCAAGCUCUGAUCUUCAACUUCGGAUGUAUUCUGACUCUGAUUGGGCCAGCUGUUCAGAUACACGACGUUCGACUACUGGUUUUUGUUCAUUUCUAGGCACCUCACCUAUUUCGUGGAAAACCAAGAAACAACACACCGUGUCUAGGUCGUCCGCAGAAUUCGAAUACCGCGCCAUGGCCUCUGCUGCGUGUGAAAUCACUUAGUUACUAUCUCUUUUGAAAGAUAUGGGAGUUGACCAUCCUCAACCUACCAUACUCUUUUGCGACAAUCAAGCAGCACUUCAUAUAGCCGCCAAUCCGGUCUUCCAUGAAAGAACAAAGCACAUUGAGAUCGAUUGUCACUUCAUUAGAGAAAAACUUCGUCAAGGCUUCAUCCGUACUGCAUAUAUGCCUAGUAAAGAGCAACUUGCUGAUAUCUUUACGAAGUCCUUGGGCAAAGAUCAGUUCCAGCUUCUUCUUCGAAAGUUGGGCGUUCUUGACAUUCACGCUCCACCUUGAGGGGGAGUGUUAACUAUAAUUAUGGGAUCUGAUGUAUAUAUUUUAGGAAGUUAAUCCCCUUAAUGAAGU